UUUUUUUUUUUUUGGCAUUUUGACAGUAUGCCGGAGAGUGGAACCGGUUUCACUUCCUCCGUCUCAAAAUAAAUUAUGCGGCCCAAGAGGUUGCGAAACAUCGAGGAGUCUCGGAAAGUUUUCACGCCCCCGGGCAAUGCAUGGUGGAGGAGGAGGCGGCGGCGUGAGAAUAAGGGCCGGCUCGGCGACACUCUGUUCACUCCCGUGGGCCGGACAGGACUGUGGUGCAGAAAGAGCCGCCAUCCUGUGGAAGUUACCCGCUACAAUUAGACCACUUGUCACCUCAACCGUGCUCAUGUGCGCAUUGUUGGGACAUAGACCAAAAGACAUGGACAUUGAGUGUCCGGAGAAGAGAAGCCGUGAUCGUGGUCGUUGUCUGGACGUGUGCAUGCUCGUGUCAAUCCUCGUCCUGUUUGCAGCGCUCACGGCCCUGGCUGUAGCUUGCAUCCCGGUGCUGAUGGAGCUGCGCUCCACUGUGGACUCACGGCUGCCGCCGUUUCAAUCUGCUCCGGAAGAACUGAGAGGACUCGCAUCGAGCCCCGCAUACAAGAUGCAGAACUUUGCGUUCUUGGAGGCAGUCUCAAGCAAGUUGGUGAACUCAACCGUUCUGUGGGAUCCAGUCCACUACGGCACUGAGAAGUCUAUUGGAAGCAAAUUCCAUUUUGACUCAAAGCAACACUCGCUGUGGCCCCAACAUGCGGGGAUUUACUUCAUCUACUUGAACCUCAACCUGACCUGUACGUACAAUUGCAAUGCCGGCCUCCUCAGCGUGCGUGUGGGAGACACACUGAGCUGCCAAGUGGAGCUUCGCGCAGAGCCGCUUCCACAGAGCAAGAAUUGUUGGACAGUGGGCUGGUUGGACGGCAACACGCGGCUGCUCACCCACAUGAGUAUACCGAAAGAGGGACUGCAGGACUGGAAGCUGGAGCUCACUGGUUCCAAUUUGGGCAUGUUCCUUGUGGACUAAUAUCUGACAUCAGAACCGCCUCCCUGUGACCUGUAAGUAAUCCAACGAAAGAACUAAACAGGAGUAUCUUGUGAAAGAAUUUGCAGAUCUCACGUGGGGAAAAAAAAAAAAGAAGAAGAGAUGUUGCAAUCAGGAAGCAGAUAUGGACUCGACACUGACUGCCUCUUUGUAAUAAUUUGCAUAUUUAUUUGGCAAAAUGGGAUUAUUUAUGUUGCAGGUUGCUGUAUGUCAAAUACGAUGCUAUUAUAUGUUAAGAACACUACAUUAGUGUUAAUGUGCAAUCCACUUUGUUUUUAUUUUGAGUUGCUCGUUCUGUUUUUGUUUUAUAAAUGGCUUUGAGAUUCUCUUCUGGUUUCACUUCAUGACGUGUUGGAUAAACACCAGUCAAGAUCACAGUCAAGAUCAGUUGGCAGCACUGCAACACUGACUGUAAAUUAUUGCUUGGGUAAUAACACAAUAGAAAGUUGAAGGCGUGAUUAGUUUUGCAAACAAAGAUUGAGGGGGAAAAAAGAGCCCCAAAAUAUUUACGGAGCAGUUCAGUUUUGCUCAAUAAACACAAACUAAGAUGUAAAUACAAGCUUGUGUAAGAUCAACUUGAAUUUUCACUCAAAAAGGAAUUGAUUGAAUUGAUGAAGCUUUUGUUGUCAUCCACACAUUCAUUCAUUCGCUGCACUGCUGAUCCUGUUCAGGGCGUGAUGGAGUCGAUCCCAACUUUCUUGGGAUGAAGCACUCCCACAAACCGGUCGCCAAUCAGGCACACAUAGACGACUGUCGACAAUUCAGUCUCCCAUUCACGCCGUUUCUGACUGAACUAAAUCCUUCCAUGCAUGCUCGGGAGUCAGUGACUCCCGUCAACCAAUUCCAUGCACUUGUAGUUAAUUUCCAAAUCUGAAGAAUCAAACAAGUAAGCGGAACAGGUUGACAGGAACGUACAUGUUUCAUUUAAGGUGUAAAAUACAGAGAUGUAGCUCUAGAUUUGGGCAUUGUUCAAAUAAAGUGUAACCAAAGGAUGUCAGGUGUAUUGUUGAAUGCACAAAUUGUGGACUUGCAAAAUGUGAUGAACCAAUGUAAGUCCAAUGGACAAACUGCACCGCGCUGAUUGUAUCCAUAUUAACAUGGAAAUAAAUAUAUGAGCUCA